AUGCCCUUCGACGAAGAUUUUGUUUUUCCAGCAGAGGAGCAGCGAGAGCAGAGUGAGGAUGAGGAGGAGGAGAGGAGGAAAGUGUUUGGGUGCGAGGUCUGCGGGCGACGUUACAGGAGAGUAAUAUCGCUCCAGCGGCACAAGAGACUCGAGUGCGGAAAGGAGGCCCAAUUUGAGUGCAUUAUUUGCCACAGCAAGUUCAAGCACAAGCACAGUCUGCUGAGGCACUACCGGGUCCACCUCUCGUUCGCGAGGCCCGACAAUAAAUUAAAGCCGGAGGACCACCAGCACCCCGAUCCUUGGUCCGGGGAAGGGUAUCAGUUUGUCCCGGAGUUCAACCCCCACCCGGUUAAUUCAGGGGCAAGGUGGCGAACACACGCGGAUCCUCUCAAUCUACCGGCGGCGGGACAGACCUUGGCCGUUCCUGGAGCCCCGACUCGAGCUCAGUCCUCCCACAGGUGUCAGAACUGCGGACGCGUUUACUUGAGGGCCACUACCCUUCGACGACACAUGAAUAUGGAGUGUGGCAAGGCCCCAAUGUACCAGUGUAGGAUUUGCCAUGGAAAAUUCACUCACAAACACAACCUUGCCGCUCACAUGAAACUCCACAUCGAAGAGCCUAAAUUCGCGUGUCCCACUGAGGACCUGAGCAUCACGGGGCUGAAGUGGGCAGCAGCUUGGCAGCGCUGGAGUGUCCCUUCAAUAAUGUGGCGGUCUGGAGGCGGCCUGGGGAAAGGAUUCGGCGGAAGCGCGACCGGAAACCCGGAGGGGUUCAAUUGUCCGGCUUGCGGGCGCGUCUACAAGCUGAAGAGCAGCCUGAGGAACCACCAGAAGUGGGAGUGCGGAAAGGAGCCUCAGUUCCAGUGUCCCCACUGCGUCUACCGCGCCAAGCAGAAGAUGCACAUCGCGAGGCACAUGGAGCGGAUGCACAAGGAGAAGAUCCUCAAGCAGGAGUACGAGUCCCGAGUUUGA